UAUUUAUAUCUGUUAAUCUCGCUUAUGUUCUGUAGUCACAUUAAUCGUUUGUAAGGCACAGAAAUGAGCUGCUUAUCGACCUAAUCAAACGGAGCCUCAGCGCUUGGUGAAAUGUAGCAGGUUGCGCUGACGCCCGUCUGUCUGUGUAACUCAAUACGCUGAAACGUUUGUGUUCGCCUCCAGAACCUCUGCGUGUCUGCACUGUUGACAUUCGUGUGAUUUUGGCUGUGCACCUGUAUGAAGUUGAGUUCCAGGCGUCUUAACCUAAAACCUCUUCUCUUCUUGUUUUAUUCGUGUUUACUUGCUGACUGUUUAUGUGUUUGCAUCUUACGCAACACAUAACUAAACAGCACUAACUUGUAAGGCCAAAGGUUUGUGUACAGCUGCUCAUCCAACGUUUCGUCUGAAUUCAAGGGUAUUUAUCAGGAGUGUGUCCUCCUUUAGCUGCAGUAACAGCCUCUGCUCGUCUGGGAAGGCUUUACACUAGAUGUUGGAACAAUGCUGUGAGGACUUGAUUGCAUUCAGCCAUAGGAGGACAAAGUCAGUGAAGUCAGGAGGUGCUGAUGUUGCAUGAUUAGUUCUGGAUCAUACACAUCACUCCAACUCAUCCCAAAGACGUCCCAUGAGUAACUAAGCCAGUGAGCUUGCAGCAUGUUGACUGCAGGAAAGGCGUGCUCGUCUCUGGCAGCUAGACGGCUGCUGGGUGCGUCUGGCUCUGUUUGUCCUGCACUGGAUCAACAGCGCCACUCCCAACUCUUCCACACAGCCACCCCUCACAGGGAUGAGGUGCAACUGCACGAGGCCUGGGCCAGCCUGGCCAAGAAGCAGCUUAAAGGGAAGAACCCAGAGGACUUGAUCUGGCGUACUCCAGAAGGCAUCUCCAUCAAGCCUGUUUAUACACAGACAGACAUGGCUAAAGUUGCUGAUGAACUGCCUGGUGUCUUUCCCUACACUAGAGGGCCCUACCCCACCAUGUAUACUUUCAGACCCUGGACCAUCAGACAGUAUGCUGGCUUCAGCACAGUGGAGGAGAGCAACAAGUUUUACAGAGACAAUAUUAAAGCUGGCCAGCAGGGCCUGUCUGUGGCCUUUGACCUUCCCACACACAGGGGGUACGACUCAGACAAUCCCAGAGUGCACGGCGAUGUGGGCAUGGCAGGUGUGGCCAUCGACACGGUGGAGGACAUGAAGAUGCUGUUUGAUGGCAUUCCCCUGGAGAAGAUGUCCGUGUCCAUGACCAUGAAUGGGGCAGUGAUUCCCAUCCUCGCCAUGUUUGUAGUGACGGGUGAGGAGCAGGGUGUGGACAAGGCCAAGCUGACUGGAACCAUCCAGAACGACAUCCUGAAAGAGUUUAUGGUCCGAAAUACAUACAUCUUCCCCCCAGAGCCCUCCAUGCAUGCCAUUGCCGACAUAUUUGCAUACACAUCCAAGCACAUGCCCAAGUUUAACUCCAUCUCAAUCAGUGGCUACCAUUUACAAGAGGCCGGGGCCGAUGCCAUCCUGGAACUGGCCUACACUAUUGCCAAUGGACUGGAGUACUGCAGAACUGGCAUAAAGGCUGGCCUCACCAUCGAUGAGUUUGCACCCAGGUUAUCCUUCUUCUGGGGCAUUGGGAUGAACUUCUAUAUGGAGAUAGCCAAGAUGAGAGCAGCAAGGCGUCUUUGGGCCACCCUGAUUAAGGAGAAGUUCCAGCCAAAGAACUCUAAAUCCCUGCUCUUAAGGACUCACUGUCAGACGUCAGGAUGGUCCCUGACCGAGCAGGACCCUUACAACAAUGUUAUCCGGACGGUGAUUGAGGCCAUGGCUGCGGUCUUUGGAGGCACACAGUCCCUGCACACUAACUCAUUCGAUGAGGCGUUAGGUCUGCCCACAGUGAAGAGUGCCCGCAUCGCCCGCAACACCCAGAUCAUCAUACAGGAGGAGUCUGGCAUUCCUAAAGUGGCAGACCCAUGGGGCGGCUCCUACAUGAUGGAGGCGCUCACUAAUGAUGUGUACAGUGCAGCCCUCAAGUUCAUCAGUGAGAUUGAGGAGAUGGGAGGGAUGGCACGAGCGGUGGCUGAGGGAAUCCCCAAACUGCGCAUAGAGGAGUGUGCUGCACGUAGACAAGCUCGCAUUGAUUCAGGCUCUGAGGUCAUUGUUGGGGUCAACAAGUAUCGGCUGGAAAACGAAGAAACCGUGGAAGUCCUGGCCAUCGAUAACACCAUUGUCCGCAAUAAGCAGAUUGAGAAGCUUCAGAAGGUGAGGGAGGCCAGAGAUGCUGAUGCAGCGAAGAGGUGCCUGGCUGCUAUAGAGCAGUGUGCUCGUACCAGGGAUGGUAACCUGUUACAACUGGCUGUGGAGGCUGCAAGAGCAAGGUGUUCAGUGGGGGAGAUCACGGAUGCGAUGAAAUCAGUUUUCGGAGAGCACAAGGCCAGCACACGCAUGGUGAGCGGAGCGUACCGCAGUGAGUUUGGCGAGCAUGAGGAAAUCGCCCUCGUGCACGGCCGGGUUGUGCAGUUCAAGAAACAUGAGGGGAGAAAUCCCCGCCUGCUGGUGGCCAAAAUGGGACAGGAUGGUCACGACAGGGGUGCGAAGGUCAUUGCCACAGGAUUUGCAGAUUUGGGAUUCGAUGUGGAUAUCGGGCCUCUUUUUCAGACCCCGCUGGAGGUGGCUCAGCAGGCAGUGGAUGCAGAUGUGCACUGCGUGGGGGUCAGCACACUGGCAGCUGGACACAAGACUCUCGUCCCAGAGCUUAUCAAAGAGCUGCGCAACAUGAACCGCCCAGACAUCCUGGUCAUCUGCGGAGGAGUUAUCCCCCCACAGGACUAUGAGUUUCUGUACCAGAGUGGAGUUUGCUGUAUCUUUGGCCCAGGGACCAGAAUCCCUCAAGCAGCAGUGGAGGUCAUUGACCACAUAGAGAAGAGUCUGGAGAAGAAUCGCCAGGCUAUGUAACUGAGAGAUCUCUAUGAUUUAGUUGAGUUCUCAUGGCUAUUUUUGGAAAGUCAUGGGGUAGGCAUUUAUCUUGGAACAAGAUGUUGAAAUUUGAUGGCGCUAUGGUUUUUAAGCAUUACUAUCUGUCUUUUUGAAGUUCAUCUGUUUAAAACAAAACACUUUGAGUUGCUGUAUUUGAGGGCUGAAAAUAACUGAUAAUUAUCAGCAGUGUGAUAUUGUUCACUAAUCUACCAAAUCUGUUUUUCUACCUUAACUUGCUUCUGCUAACUUCUGCCAUGUUCUUAUGAAACCAGAAGAGUUGUAUGCAUUUGAUAGCUUGAUAGGUACAAAACUAUAGAUCUCAAUCUACUCAGUUUCCAGUAUGCCACUAAGCUGUUGCUCAUUCAGUGUACAACAGAGAGAUCUGGUAUCCAUAUAUCAAAAAAUCAUCUAUUAUAGAUACAUUUUGCUCCCUAUGUGCAGUCUGUUUGGUGCAGAAGCUGUGCCUUAUGGGUCUUUUUAGAUUUGAUCUUUGGCACCACCUGCUUCUUCCAGGCAGUAGAAAUGGAUGCAGGCAUAGAGAUGUACAACAUCCGUGAUAUAUGAUAACUUUUUGUCUCUUACAUAAACAUGUAUGUGACAAUAAACUAUUCACUUUGGGUAAUUCACA